CUACAAAAUGGCGGGAUGUGCUUUUCGCAUAGACAAAGUAGACUUAGUGUAAUGCUGGCAGGAUAGAAGUUUUUUUAUUUUAUUUGUGUGGUGAUGUUUUUUUGCCAGUACGUAAUGUGAAACUUGGGUUGAUUUUUUUUUCUGUGAUUACUAUCUCUUAAUCGUAGAUUGUUUAUAUAUUUUUAAAGCUACAAUUAAAAACAAUAGGCUUUAAAAAAUCGGUAUCCGUUAAAACAAAGAAGCCUAUAUUAAAUUGUAAACACUUAAAUGCCAGGAAACUCUUAUCUUAAAAUCAAUCUUAACAACAUUUUCAUAUUCUUAAUGCACCAAGAUUAUUAUUAUUUUAUUUAAAAAAAGCCAUUAUUAGUGACGCUAUAAAGUCUAAAAUGCUUCGGAAAGUGAUACAAUGACGUCAAACCUAAGAACCAAAAUGGCGACAUCAGUCCUUCAACCAGAAUCGCGGCGUGAACACGAACCGAAGGCGGAAAUAGCCGAGUCCCCCCGACUGACCGACGAUGAGCGAAUGGCGAUCCUCGAAGCGAAAGAGAGAGAGACAGGAGAGCUGCCCGUAGAACUGAGGGAGAGGGCGAGAUUGGAGAUGAGAGAAGAACCGGCAAUUAGGGAGCAUGCUUUGGCGCAAAUGAGGCAUUUUAUAGAGAAGCAUCCGGCCAUCAAGAAGUCUAGGACAGACGCACCAUUCCUCCUCCGUUUCCUCCGCACCAAGAAGUAUUCCAUCCCACAAGCCUGCUCCAUGCUGGAACGCUACCUCACGCUGCGUCAGGUCCACCCCCACUGGUUCCAGAAGCUAGACCCCUUGGACCCUAAGAUAGCGGCUGUUAUUGAUGCUGGAUACUUGGUUCCGCUGCCGAAGAGGGAUUCUGAAGGCAGAAGAGUGGUGUUAUCUUGCAUGGGCCGCUUCGAUCCCCACGUCUACGAUAGCUGCGUGAUGGCGCGCGUUCACUCCAUGAUAGUAGAAAUGCUACUGGACGAGCCAAGAAGCCAACUGCUCGGCUACACCCACGUGAAUGACGAGGCAGGCAUGCAGAUGCCGCACGUUAGUCUAUGGUCCUUCAACGAUGUUAGAACUAUGCUCAACUGUAUCCAGAAUUCUACACCGAUGCGCCACAAAUGUACUCACUUUGUCAACGUGCCUCACUACGGAGCUAAGUUCUUCGAAUUCGCCGUGUCGCUGCUCAGUGAUAAACUAAAGGACCGUGUUAUGUUCCACCGCACCACCCAAGACUUGAAUAAGCACGUUGAUCCCGCUAUCUUGCCCAAAGAAUAUGGCGGCACGGUUCCUCUACGCGACAUGAUUGAAGAGUUGAAACGCAAACUUCUUAAACACAGAGAAGAAUUACUAGCACUGGACGAAAUGUGUGUAGAUGUAAACGCUCUCGAGAAGAAUGAUAUAACUCAAGAUAUUCAUUCUACAGCUGGGUCAUUCAGAAAACUUGAAUUGGAUUAAGAUAUUUCUCUAAUUUUGACUUAGUUUUUACUCCAUUAAAUUUGUGACAUUUGUAUUGUUGUUAUAUGGAUUUAGUUUUUAAGUAUGUUAUGGUAACAUGCGCUGGCAAGUAAUUCUAAGCUUUCGAAUAUUUUAACAGACUUCAUAUUUUAUACAUAGAUCUCAAUGGCUUCCCCUUCUAAUUAAGGAACCGGUUCUAUGCAAUUAUUUCAGAUUUUAAUACUCCACAUAUCAUAUUGAUGAAUAUAGUCCGACAAAUAAAUUUGUCAGUAGAUAAAAGCGCGUUAUUCUUUUUUCUGUCAGAACGAAAUUUCGUGUCUACAUUGCUCAAAAUUGCGGCUUUUUAACUUACAAAUUUGUUUUUCGCGUUCAUAGUGACACAUUUAUAUUAAGAAGAGGAAUAAUUGCAUUAACCCAGUACUAAUUAAGUAACUAUAAUAGUGACCUAGUGGCAGCCGUAGGUGGUGUCACGUUACCAUUCUUACUUUGCUGGAUUUGUGAAUCUCUCAUAACUGAUUGAUUUUGUAUGUGAACGAGUUGUAUUUUUGUACUUGUAAUUACAACAUGUUUAUUUUGAUGAACUUGGAAUAUUGCAAGCGGCAUUCCAUACGGGAUAUUAAUGUAAUUCCUAAUACUUGAAUUCACAGCUGCAAUCUGUACUUGAAUGACUUGUUGAAAUUUUAGUUUAUUUAUGCAUGAUAAGUAAAAUCCUGUUUUUACUGCUUAAGAUUAAAAGGUACUUCUUA